CCUUGCUGUGCAUCUGCGUGUUGCCUCGUCAGAUGUUGAUGUACUAUUAAUACACACAGUACAGCUCAGUGCAUGCUGCGGACGCGCGCGUAGAACCACCAAAGCAGUAUCCUGAAAGUCAAAAGCAGGAUAACAGGUCUAUCGAGGAAGAUUAAGAAUACACAGCGAUGCAGAACUAUAACGCCCCACCGCCACCCCCAGGGUACCAGAGGCCGGGUAGCACAGCAAGCUUCGCUGGGCAACAACCGCCGCCUCUACCCCCACGAACUCCCCAAGGAUACCAGUCCGUCGCCCCACCCACACACAGUCAAUGGGCAUCACCGAUCCAGACCCAAGCCCCAAGCGCACCAUGGAAUCAGCCCCAACAACAGCAGACAGCUGGAGGAUACAACCCAGGUACAUACGGUGCUAUGUCUGGGGGCUAUGCGCAAGGAUAUCAGGCGCCCUCGAAUCCAUAUGCUCCCCAGCAACACGAUAUGCCUCCCCCACCGCCACCAAAGCCGCCUGGUUUCUCAGCAGCAGUUCAUGAGCAACAUGGCACGCAAAACUGGCCUCAGCAACCACCACAACACGAUGCAGACUUUGCACCACAUGUCCAACAGGGAGGAUAUCCCGCGCAUGGGACGUCGCAACAGCCUUACAACAAUGCUGGAUACCCGCCUCCUUCGGCUACACCGGCAAAUUCAUACGGGGGAUAUUCGACUCCCGCACCAGGAGCGCCCUAUCAACCUCCCCCGCCAGUCAUGAGUCCAAAUGAGCAGCAUCCAGCAUACAUACCUCCUUCUCUGACCGGACAAGGUGUGCAAGCGUAUAUGCCUGCGAACGUGAAUCCCAUGCCGGGUAUCUACGUGCCUCCUCCACCGGACGUUCCUGCAUGGCAGCAAGCCCUACAUGCUCCGCUUCAAGGCGUGGUGAAGAAGUUCAAGUACACGAAACCAACGGUCGAUCCAAGCUUCUACACGCAGGGUUAUCAAGGUGUGCCGCAGCAGCCACAACCUCAAGGCCAAUAUGGUCAGCAGACCGUACAACCUCAGCAAGAUCCAUACCGGUAUGGAGGAUUGACGCAAGAGCAGUUUACGCAACCUGAGCAACCGCCUCCACAACGCCCAUACGACCAGUCUUAUCCACCUCAGCAGCAACAGUACGGGCAGUCAGUGGAGCCACCGAACCAAUGUCAACAGCAGCAGUAUAAUCAGAAUCCUCAAUACAAUCAUCAGCAGAAUCAGUGGCAGGCACCGGCCCCAGCGGAUCAAGGUUAUGGCCAAAACACGCAGACACCGUAUGGGGUUCAACAACAACAAUGGCAGCCUGGGCAUCAAGCAGACAACUCAAUGACGGGACAACAACAUCCUCACGCGCCAGGCCAGGGUAUCCAAGCGCCGAAACCCGUCGAUGGCCGUACUGAAACAACGCCUCCCAAUUUUGUCUCUGAGCCGAGUCCAUUCAGUGAACCAGUGUCUCCCAUCACUAACCCACAAAGUAUUAAUUCUGCUGCUGGAUACCAUCCUGGACGCACAGACUCCAUUGGCUCAGUCGCACUAGCCAAUUUCCAUUCUCAGCGUGCCGAUCACGGGACCAACUCGCCAAAACCCCCUUCGGUGAAGAAUCCGACGCCGCCUCCGCCUCGAGAUGGUCAAUCGAGAUUCAGCGCUUUGGGGACAGGUGGUCCCUCGGACUGGGAGCACUUUGGCGCUGGCGACGAGAUCGACGAUGAAGAACUCUUUGGCGCCAAGAAAGAAGAGAAGAAAAAUGAGCCUUCACACACGCAUAGUGUAGAAUUACCGGCCGAGGUUCCUUCUCCGCCUACACAGGGCUGGCCAAGCCCGGCACAUCAACCUGCCCCGUUAAGUUUAGGAGAGAGAAGGGAUACCUACCAGCCAACGCCGGAACUCGCCACUGUUAGCCCUGCCCAUGUUAAUUCACAUAUUCAAGCCCCUCCUCCACCACAAUCAACCACGGAAGACCGUGGCCAAGGAGCGCGUCAAUCUACACCGACUCAAGCUUCAAGUACUUUCGAUGCUCAAGCCAGCCAGAAACAUGCUGCAGAACUGAAGGCAAAAGAUGAAGCACUGGAGCAUUUGCGGGCUGAAUAUGAGGAAGAUAAGGUGGGGUUGAUUGCUGAACUUGAGAAUCUCAAGGCUAGUAUCGCGGCCGCUGAGACACGGGCUACAGAUUUGAGAACGAAGAACGAUGCAUUUGAGCUUGCAAGAACGAUAUCUGAGAAAGAAAAAGUGGAUUUACGUGCUGAGAUUGAGAAAAUCAGAUCUGAGAAUGAAGAGUUCAAGGCGGAGAGUGAAAGGCUGAAGGCUGAUACUAAGUCUGCUGAAACACAUACGGCAGGCGAGAAGAAUGUCCUGAAUGAGCAGAUCGUGGCGAUGAGAAUCGCAGCACAAUUGGCACAAGAUAACGCAGAAGCGUCGACCAAGGAGAAGGAUGUCACGAUUGCACGGCUUCAUGAGGAUGUUGAGGGUAAAGAAGAUACCAUCAAAGAACGCGAUACUGCGAUUGCAGAAUUGAGACGCCAACUCGAGGCAGAGAAAACCAGGGAGAUUCCGAAGCCUACCGCUGCAGAUCUCAUCCCUGAUAUCGAUCCGUGGUAUGCGGGAUCGCUGGAGAGAUAUAUUGGUAUGCUUCGUGGUGAGGCAGGCGAGCAUCAGGUCGAAGACAAGAUCAAGACUUUCAAAGCGUUUCUGAGGGCCGAAUCGGGGAUCAGAGGCAUUGAGUACUAUGACGCUCCACCUCCGGCGCCAGCAGUUGAUCCAGUGGUGGCGCAGCUAGACAAAUUUGCCCUUUCCAGCGGUGCACCCGAUACUGCGUCUCUCAGGCAGAACUUGAGCAUCCAAGUACCACAAGCGCCGUCUAUGGACGAUGAAGAUGACUACGACUAUAGCCCUGGCGGACGACCUGUCUUGAAACGAAAACCGACUCUCCCAUCAGGCGAGCCUUUCAACGCUCCCGCACAGUCAGCGACUAUCCUGACUCCAACAAGCUCAGUUGAAGAUGAUUGGAACAAGACCCCAGUUCAAUCUCCGCCAGAAGAACCUCUACAGCCACAAUACAAGGCUUACGUGCCACCUUCAGGAGCUUCACAUGAUUCUCCUCUACCACAUAGACAAUCGAUGUCAUUUGCCAACAUUCCAGCCACGCAUUCGCCGAUGGGUUCGGGUAAAAGCCGUGACGAGAUCUUCUUCGAGGGUCCCGCACCGCAGACAUCGAAGACUCUCAGCAGGCAAACAAGUAGCGAUAGUGACAUAGGCGACAUUCCGGUUCCGGCGCCUUUGAGCUUCGGCUCUCAGCGCCCAGCGACUACAGCACCACCGAAGAAAGACCCGCUGAAAACUCUCACUGAUCUGCUGCCUGCCCAAAUCGCUACUCCCACACCCAGUCAUCUCGUCGAAGAAAUCCGCACCAAGAGCGCGAAAUUCAACUCGUCCUCUGAGAAGAUUGACGAGCUGACCAAGACGUGGGAAAAGUCCGCAUCGCUAGCCCGCAGAAAACGAGACGACGCCCGUCGUGAGCGCCGCGAAGACAACGAAGAACGCAACGACGACCUGUUCAACUCGGACGAGAUCUCCUACGCCAAGAUGAAGCAACUCGAAGCCGAAUUCGAAAAAGAAGAAGCCGAGCUCAAAGCGCAAGAAGACCGAGCCGAGUACCAAACCUACAUCGACACGGUUUUCGACAAAGUAUACGCCGACCUGCAAGCCGACAUCAAAUCCCUAACAAGCCUCUACUUCUCAGCAGAGAACCUACUCCAAGACUCAGAAACAGGCAUCAAGAGCCUCGAGAACAGCGACGCACCAAGCGCAAUCCACUGCCUCCACCUCCUAUCCGACACGCACGCCCUCCUCGAAGCAAAACACGCCCAAGUCGCCCUCGCAGUCGCCGACCGCGACAAACGCUACAAGAAAACAGAAAUCCAACCCCUCAACGCCGCGCGCAACUUCGCAAAAUUGAAAAUCGUAGAACAACAGUUCCUCGCCGCGGAGAAACACGCCGUCGCCAAUGCGAAGCGCGACGUCGCAGCGCGCAUGGACACGCUGUACAAGUUCGUCGAGGACGUGGUCGUCGAGGCUGUUAGCGUCGAGCAGGGCGAGAUUGACCGUGUGGUUGCUGCUAUCCGCGCGCUUGACGAUGAGGGCGCGGAGGCGAAGAUGCUGGAUCAUGCGCAGAUGACGAUUGCGCUGCUUGCGCAGUCGUCGAAGGCGUUGCUGGGGUUUGUGAAUGAGCGGGAGGUGCAGCUUAAUGCGGUGGUGUUUGAGGCGGAUAUUGCGCUUGCUAGGGCGGAGGGUGCGGAUGCGAAGCGCGUGCAGGAGUUGGAGGCGGAGAGGGAGGCUGAGGAGGGGAAGCUGCGGGAGGAGUAUGAGCGGAGGGUUGGGGUGCUGGGGCAGGAUGAUGAGGAGGUGAGGGGGUUGAUUGCGAGGAAGCGGAAGGGCGGGGAGGUGGGUGAGGAGGCGGAGAAGGAGAAGGAGAAGAGGCUUAGGAUGGCGCUUGAGGAGGCUAAGCGGAGGAAUGGCCAGGUUUGA